AAGCCUAUUGAGAAAAAGAAAUUGUUUCAGGUCAGUUCUCAUCGUACUUGGAUAUGGUCUUUAGUUUAAAAAAAAAUGAUUUCUUGAUGAUUUUAUCCAAUAUGCAGUAAGAUAUGUGAUUCUAUGAUAUACACAAAUGUGAUAAUUAGAUGACAAUUUUUUUUAUAUAUUUUAUGGCGGACUAAAAGUAUACAAAGUACAUGUCAUAACUGAAGGUUAAACAUUCCCAACUGAAGGUUACACAUUCCCAGAGUGAAACAAUGCUCUUGCUUGAUGGACACGACAAUUUGAUGAAUUAGACAAAAUUUAACUAUGAAUCACAAUCUCAGGCAUCAUUUGGUUUCCAUGAUGGUGAUGAUGCAUUGCUUUGUCUUAAAUCAUCAGCCGCUGCCUUCAGUAGUGUUACAAGAACCCUACUUUCCGGCACUAUCACCCUAAUUUGAACGUUACAAGAGGGAAACCAAAAAAACAAAAAUAACUCUCACCUGGGCAAAAUGAAUUUCCUUGAUAGAAAAGAAAAAAAAAAUCAACUUACUAUAAAAAGGCCAUAUCCUUAUUCAAAAAAAGAAAAGAAAACGCCCAUAUCCAGUUGCCACCGCCAUAGAAACCUAUAUAUACUCCACAAUCUAAUUCGAUUACCAACUCUUUUCAAACCCACCACUAAAAUAACCCCAGAUAACCCCAAUCGCAAUUGAACCCUAUAAAUCGUAGCUUCAAAUUUGCUUAGGAUUUCUGUUCCCAAUAAUGUGGUACAACGCCGAAAUUUCACCGCCGGGGACGGGAAAUACCUCGAUUCCAUCGGCGGUGGCUCAACCCUGUCUUCCGUCACCGGCCGAUCUUGAAGAGAAAGGCCGCAGAUGGCAGCAGCUUUCCUCCGGCAAGUGGUCCAAUCCCCACGGCGAACGGCGCGCCGUCGGUUCGCAAAAACAGGACAUGCCUCCGGAGCAUGUGAGGAAGAUCGUGAAAGAGCACGGCGACAUGUCGUCGAAGAAGUACCGGCACGACAAGCGGGUCUACCUGGGAGCUCUGAAGUUCGUUCCUCACGCCGUGUACAAGCUUCUCGAGAAUAUGCCGAUGCCGUGGGAGCAGGUCCGUAAUGUGAAGGUGUUGUACCAUAUUACCGGCGCAGUUACCUUCGUCAACGAGACCCCCUGGGUUGUGGAGCCGAUCUACAUGGCUCAAUGGGCCACAAUGUGGAUCAUGAUGAGGAGGGAGAAGAGGGAUCGCCGGCAUUUCAAGAGGAUGAGGUUUCCGCCGUUCGAUGAUGAGGAGCCUGUGUUGGAUUAUGCUGAUAACUUGUUGGAUGUUGAGCCUCUUGAGCCGAUUCAGCUCGAGCUUGAUGCCGAAGAGGAUUCGGCUGUGUAUGACUGGUUUUAUGACCAUAAACCUCUUGUGAAGACAAAGCUGAUCAACGGCCCCACCUACCGGAAGUGGCAGCUCUCCCUGCCGAUUAUGGAAGCCCUUUACCGGCUUUCAGGACAGGUAAUUUCCGAUUUGACUGAUCGGAACUAUUUCUAUUUGUUUGAUAAGGAGUCGUUUCUGACAGCCAAGGCAUUGAAUAUGUGUAUACCAGGUGGGCCGAAGUUUGAGCCAUUGUUUAGGGAUAUGGUGCAAGGGGAGGAGGAUUGGAAUGAGUUUAAUGACAUAAACAAGCUCAUUAUUCGGUCUCCGCUGAGAUCAGAGUACAAAAUUGCAUUCCCUAAUCUUUACAACAACAGGCCAAGGAAGGUAAAGCUCUCUGUUUAUCACACACCACUGGUUAUGCAUAUUAAAACUGAGGAUCCUGACCUGCCUGCAUUUUAUUAUGAUCCAUUGCUAAACCCAAUACCGGGCACCAACAGGAGUAGUUAUGAUAAUAGUGGGGAAGAUGGUGAUUUUGUUUUGCCUGAAGGGGUGGAGCCUCUUUUGAGUCAUACUCAGCUUUAUACUGACACUACUGCUGCUGGGAUUUCCCUGUAUUUUGCCCCACGCCCUUUUAACUUGAGGUCUGGUCGGACUCGUCGUGCAGAGGAUAUACCUCUUGUGUCAGAGUGGUUUAAGGAGCAUUGUCCUCGGUCAUAUCCUGUUAAGGUUCGAGUCAGCUAUCAGAAGUUGUUGAAAUCGUUUGUGUUGAAUGAGCUGCAUCGUAGGCCUCCCAAGGCACAAAAGAAGAAGAGCUUGUUUCGGUCUCUUCAGGCUACCAAGUUUUUCCAAACUACUGAGCUUGAUUGGGUUGAAGCGGGUCUUCAACUCUGUAGGCAGGGUCAUAACAUGCUAAAUCUGCUGAUACAUAGGAAAGGUCUGAACUAUCUUCACCUUGAUUAUAAUUUUAAUCUCAAGCCUGUGAAAACCCUGACAACAAAAGAGCGUAAGAAAUCUCGGUUUGGUAAUCCUUUUCAUCUGUUGCGUGAAAUCUUGCGGUUAACAAAGCUUGUAGUUGAUGCCCAGGUCCAGUUCCGUUUGGGUAAUAUUGAUGCCUUUCAAUUGGCUGAUGGUCUGCAGUACACAUUUUCUCAUGUUGGUCAGUUAACUGGAAUGUACCGUUACAAGUAUAGGUUGAUGCGGCAGAUUAGAAUGAGCAAAGAUUUGAAGCACUUGAUUUACUACCGUUUCAAUACUGGGCCGGUCGGGAAAGGGCCGGGAUGUGGAUUCUGGGCACCAAUGUGGAGGAUGUGGUUGUCCUUCCUUCGUGGCAUGGUCCCUCUUCUGGAACAGUGGUUGGGAAAUUUACUUGCUAGACAAUUUGAAGGACGCCAUUCUGUGGCAAAGACAGUAACUAAGCAGCGUGUUGAAAGCAAUUUCGACUUGGAGUUUCGAGCAGAUGUCUUGAAAGAUAUUCUGGAUGCCAUGCCAGUGGGCAUGAAGCAAAAUAAGGCGAAAACAAUUAUGCAGCAUCUCAGUGAGGCAUGGCGUUGUUGGAAAGCAAAUAUUCCUUGGAAGGUUCCUGGUAUGCCUGCUCCGGUUGAGAAUAUAAUUCUUCGUUAUGUCAAGUCAAAGGCAGAUUGGUGGACACAUGGUGCUCAUUAUAACCGUGAACGAAUUAGAAGGGGUGCUACAGUGGAUAAGACAGUUUGUCGAAAGAAUCUUGGAAGAUUAACUCGCCUUUGGCUAAAGGGAGAGCAGGAGCGACAGCACAAUUAUCUCAAAGAUGGUCCAUAUAUUUCACCAGAAGAAGCAGUAGCAAUUUACUCAACAACAGUGCAUUGGUUGGAGUCAAGAAAUUUCCAACAUAUUCCAUUUCCCCCGUUGUUGUAUAAGCAUGAUACCAAGCUACUUAUCCUUGCUCUGGAGAGGUUGAAGGAAUCUUAUACUGCGGCGGUAAAAUUGAACCAGCAUCAAAGAGAGGAGUUGGGUCUCAUUGAACAAGCCUAUGAUAACCCCCAUGAGGCAUUGAUACGGAUAAAACGUCACUUGAUCUCACAGCGUGCCUUCAAAGACGUGAGCAUAGAGUUCAUGGAUCUGUACAGCCAUCAUAUUCCAGUUUUUGAGAUUGACCCUCUUGAGAAGAUUACAGAUGCAUAUCUUGAUCAAUAUCUAUGGUAUGAGGCUGACAAACGUCAGCUCUUCCCGAACUGGAUCAAGCCUGCAGACUCAGAGCCACCUCCACUUUUGGUCUAUAAAUGGUGUCAGGGGAUAAACAAUUUAGAGAGUAUAUGGGACACAAGUGAGGGGGAGUGUGUUGUGAUGCUUCAGACAAAACUUGAGAGGUUAUCUGAGAAGAUUGACUUGACAUUGCUAAAUAGGCUUCUACGUCUUGUUCUUGACCAUAACAUUGCUGAUUAUAUCACUGCAAAAAACAAUGUGGUAUUGUCAUACAAAGAUAUGAGUCAUACAAAUUCAUAUGGUCUUAUACGGGGUCUCCAGCCUGCAUCAUUUGUUGUACAGUAUUAUGGGCUUGUUUUGGAUCUAAUGCUUCUUGGAUUGACUCGGGCCAAUGAAAUUGCAGGUCCACAGCAGAAGCCAAAUGAGUUCAUGACUUAUGGGGCCACAAAGGUUGAGACUUGCCAUCCUAUCAGGCUGUACGCUCGAUACAUAGACAGGGUGCAUAUCUUGUUCCGCUUCACUCAGGAGGAGGCUCGGGACCUCAUACAGCGAUAUCUUACCGAGCAUCCAGAUCCCAAUAAUGAAAAUAUGGUUGGAUAUAAUAAUAAGAAGUGCUGGGCAAGAGAUGCAAGGAUGAGGCUCCUGAAACAUGAUAUCAAUCUUGGAAGGAGUGUCUUUUGGAAUGUCAAGAACCGUCUCCCUCGAAGCAUCACAACUUUGGAAUGGGAGGACAGUUUUGUUUCUGUUUACAGCAAGGAUAAUCCAAAUUUGCUUUUCAGCAUGUGUGGAUUUGAAGUAAGAAUACUUCCCAAGAUAAGAAUGAGUACGAAGGAACACCAAAGAGAUGGAGUUUGGAACUUGCAAAAUGAACAGACAAAGGAAAGGACUGCUGUUGCUUUUUUACGUGUUGAGGAUGAAUACAUGAAGGCGUUUGAGAAUCGUGUAAGGCAGAUCCUUAUGUCCUCAGGGUCUACAACAUUCACAAAAGUUAUCAACAAAUGGAAUACUGCCCUUAUUGGUCUUAUGACUUACUUCCGUGAAGCAGUUGUACAUACAGCGGAGCUGUUAGAUUUACUGGUCAAAUGUGAAAAUAAAAUUCAGACCCGCAUUAAGAUUGGAUUGAAUUCAAAGAUGCCAAGCAGGUUCCCACCUGUCAUUUUUUACACGCCAAAAGAAAUUGGAGGACUUGGCAUGUUAUCUAUGGGUCACAUAUUGAUUCCACAGAGUGACCUCAGAUACUCUCGGCAGACAGAAAUUGGUGUGACACACUUUAGGAGUGGAAUGAGUCAUGAAGAAGAGCAGAUGAUUCCAAAUCUUUACCGUUACAUACAACCAUGGGAGAGUGAGUUUAUAGAUUCACAGCGUGUUUGGGCAGAAUAUGCACUAAAAAGACAGGAAGCUAUGGAACAGAAUCGGCGUCUUACCCUUGAAGAUUUGGAAGAUUCAUGGGAUAGGGGAAUACCACGCAUAAAUACAUUGUUCCAGAAGGAUCGACACACUUUAGCAUAUGACAAAGGGUGGAGAGUUCGCACAGAUUUUAAGCAGUACCAGAUCUUGAAGCAAAAUCCUUUCUGGUGGACACACCAAAGGCAUGAUGGAAAAUUGUGGAAUUUGAAUAAUUAUAGAACUGAUGUGAUCCAAGCUCUUGGAGGAGUUGAUGGAAUACUUGAGCACACCUUAUUCAAAGGAACAUACUUCCCUACUUGGGAGGGUCUCUUUUGGGAGAAGGCAUCUGGAUUUGAGGAAUCGAUGAAGUAUAAAAAGUUGACUAAUGCCCAAAGAUCUGGCCUCAACCAAAUCCCCAAUCGUAGGUUUACACUUUGGUGGUCGCCUACCAUAAAUCGAGCCAAUGUAUAUGUCGGUUUUCAAGUACAGCUGGAUCUGACAGGAAUCUUUAUGCAUGGGAAGAUCCCAACCUUGAAGAUAUCGUUGAUUCAGAUAUUCCGUGCACACUUGUGGCAGAAGAUUCAUGAAAGUGUUGUGAUGGACCUUUGUCAGGUUUUGGAUCAGGAGUUGGAUGCUUUGGAAAUUGAGACUGUGCAGAAGGAAACCAUACAUCCCAGGAAGAGUUACAAACUGAACAGCUCUUGUGCAGACAUUCUCCUCUUUUCUGCUCAUAAAUGGCAAAUGUCGAAACCUAGUCUUGUGGCUGAGCCGAAGGAUGAGUAUGAUAAAAAAACAAACAACAAGUACUGGAUAGACGUGCAGCUCCGUUGGGGGGAUUAUGAUUCUCAUGAUAUUGAACGUUACACCCGGGCAAAGUUUAUGGACUAUACAACUGAUAACAUGUCUAUCUAUCCUUCUCCGAUGGGAGUGAUGAUUGGUAUUGAUUUAGCCUAUAAUGUGCAUUCUGCAUUUGGUAACUGGUUUCCCGGAUCAAAACCACUGAUUCAACAGGCAAUGAACAAGAUCAUGAAGUCAAAUCCGGCUUUAUAUGUGUUGAGGGAGCGCAUAAGGAAAGGAUUGCAGUUGUAUUCCUCGGAGCCUACAGAGCCAUAUUUGUCUUCCCAAAACUAUGGGGAGCUCUUCAGCAAUCAAAUUAAAUGGUUUGUUGACGAUACAAAUGUGUAUCGUGUUACAAUGCACAAGACUUUUGACGGAAAUCUUGUUACAAAACCCAUCAAUGGUGCUAUCUUCAUGUUCAAUCCAGGGACUGGGCAGCUGUUCUUGAAGGUUAUCCACACAAGUGUGUGGGCAGGACAGAAGCGACUUGGGCAGUUGGCUAAAUGGAAAACUGCGGAAGAAGUUGCUGCUCUUGUGCGUUCUCUACCUGUUGAAGAACAGCCAAAGCAAAUUAUUGUGACUCGUAAGGGAAUGCUCGACCCAUUGGAGGUUCAUUUACUGGAUUUUCCCAACAUAGUCAUAAAAGGAAGUGAGCUACAGCUUCCUUUUCAGGUUUGCUUGAAAAUUGAGAAGUUGAAUGAUCUGGUACUAAAGGCUACUGAGCCACAGAUGGUUCUUUUUAAUGUUUACGAUGAUUGGUUGAAGAGUGUUUCAUCAUACACUGCAUUCUCUCGGCUCAUUCUGAUUCUUCGGGCACUGCAUGUGAACAGAGACAAGGCAAGUAUGUUGUUGAAGCCUGACCGAACAGUCAUUAGUGAGCCACACCACAUUUGGCCUUCUCUUUCUGAUGAGCAAUGGAUGAAGGUUGAGCGUGCUCUAACAGAUCUCAUUCUGUCAGACUAUGCGAAAAAGAAUAAUGUGAAUACUUCAGCCCUCACACAGUCUGAAAUUCGUGAUAUAAUACUUGGAGCAGAGAUUACUCCACCUUCUCAACAGAGGCAAGAGAUAGCAGACAUUGAGAAACAGGCUAAAGGAGUUAGUCAGCUGACAGCAGUCACCAUGAGGACCACAAACGUGCAUGGAGAUGAGCUUAUUUCCACCACUACGAGUCAAUAUGAGCAAGCUGCAUUCAGGUCCAAAACUGAUUGGCGUGUGAGAGCAAUAUCAGCUACAAAUCUACAUCUUCGUGUCAACCAUAUUUAUGUGAGUUCAGAAGAUACAAAGGAAACAGGCUACACUUACAUCAUGCCAAUGAACAUUUUGAAAAAAUUUAUCUGUGUUGCUGAUCUGAGGACACAAGUUGCUGGUUACUUGUAUGGUAUAAGCCCACCUGACAACCCUCAGAUCAAGGAAAUUCGCUGCAUUGUGAUGCCACCACAGCGGGGCACCCACCAGCAAGUUCAUCUUCCAUCAGCUCUUCCUGAGCAUGAUUUCCUCAAUUAUUUGGAACCUCUGGGAUGGAUGCACACCCAGCCAAAUGAGCUACCUCAGCUUUCUCCUCAGGAUCUCACCACUCAUGCUAACAUGUUGGAGAAUGGCAAGCAAUGGGAUAGGGAGAAAUGCAUUAUUAUGACCUGCGCUUUUACUCCAGGUUCCUGCUCGUUAACUGCAUAUAAACUUACUCCUUCUGGUUAUGAGUGGGGAUGUUGUUCUAACAAGAACAGCGGAAGAAACAAUAAUCCACUAGAUGGAUACCUUCCAACUCAUUAUGAGAAGGUCCAGAUGCUUCUCAGUGAUCGCUUCCUUGGUGUCUACAUGGUUCCUGAUAAUUGUCCAUGGAACUUCAAUUUCAUGGGAGUGAGGCAUGCAUGUGACAUGAAGUAUGGCAUCAAGCUUGGACCACCCAAGGAGUACUAUCACGAGGAACACCGACCAACCCAUUUCAUGGAGUUCAGCGAACUAGAUAAGGAUGACCCGAUGGAGUUAGAUCGAGAUUAUGCCUACGCAUAGUCUUCGUCUCGCUAUCAUUUUAUACUUGCAGUGAGAGUAAGAGUAGUGUAUUUCCAUUAUAACUUGCAGGGUGUUCCAGAGGAUGCCUUGCCAUGUUCCUCUAGAUGCUAUCUUUUCUCUUUUUCUUAUUCUCAUUUGCUAAGGAUUGCUGUUCAGUUUAUUUGUUAUACUAA